AUGCCUACGUUACUCUCGCCUGAGCCCGAAAAGAUGGCCAACGUGUCGACCCCAUUGAUUCAGACGGUCCGAGUUGCGCCGCCUCGGAGGAGAUAUCGCCAUCACACGUGCCGGCGAUUCUGCACCCUGGCAUGCACGUGCGUGCUCAUCUUUGGUUUUGCUACGUUUCUCACGCACGUGUUUUUUAUCUGGCCGUACCACCAUCACCAUGGCCCGCACAGUCGUUACUCCCGAGACCAUCGACACGGCAAGCAUCUUUCACACGAGCAACUGAGGAAGGUUUUUCUGGAAACACCAUCCGCUGAUCACGUCAGAGAAUGGACCCAGUAUUAUGCCUCCGGACCGCACCUCGCUGGAAAGAACUUUUCCCAGGCCGAUUGGACAAGAGACAAGUGGCAGAGCUGGGGAGUCGACGCAACCAUCGCCGAGUACCACGUCUACAUCAACUACCCCGUCGAUCAUGGCCUGUCUCUUUUGGAAAAGUCGGAUAAGUCAGAUGCUUGGAGCGUGGCUUUCAACGCGUCGCUGAGAGAGGAUGUCAUUGGCGAGGAUCCAACCACGUCUCUCAAAGAUCGAGUCCCGACUUUUCACGGAUAUUCCGCCAGCGGUAAUGUCACCGCCCAGUUUGUCUACGUCAACUAUGGGACGUAUCAGGAUUACCAAGACCUUGUCGACGCGGGUGUCGAUCUCGAGGGGAAGAUUGCCGUUGCUAGAUAUGGUGGCGUUUUCCGCGGCCUCAAGGUCAAGCGGGCCCAGGAACUGGGCAUGGUUGGCGCCUUGAUUUACAGUGACCCAGGUGACGAUGGCGACAUAACCGAGGCAAACGGCUAUGAGCAGUAUCCCAAAGGGCCUGCCCGACAGGAGAGCAGCGUCCAGCGCGGGAGCGUCAUGUUCCUCAGUGUUCGUCCCGGUGACCCGACAACCCCAGGCUAUCCGUCCAAACCUGGCGUUCCACGCGCUCCCGCUCACGACGUCAUCCCGUCCAUCCCUUCCAUCCCCAUCUCUUACAGGGAAGCUCUCCCUAUUCUCAGGGCCCUGAACGGGCGUGGCCCGAAAGCGUCCGGCUUGAACGGCUCCUGGACGACGAACCUCGGCCUCGGCUACAAGGGUGUAGAAUACAACAUCGGCCCCUCACCGGAGAGUGUGGCUCUCAGCCUUUACAACGAACAGGAGUAUGUGACGACGCCGCAGUGGGACGUCAUAGGAAUCGUCAACGGAACCAUUCCGGAUCAGGUCAUUGUGGUGGGCAAUCAUCGGGAUGCGUGGGUUGCCGGCGGGGCCGCCGAUCCCAACGGCGGUUCUGCCGUCUUGAACGAAGUGGUUCGCAGCGUUGGCAAGGCCGUGGAUGCGGGGUGGAAGCCUCUGCGCACGAUUGUGUUUGGAAGCUGGGACGGCGAGGAAUACGGCCUCAUCGGGAGUACGGAAUGGGUCGAAGAGUACCUCCCGUGGCUGACCGGGGCCAGCGUCGCCUACGUCAACGUCGAUGUCGGUGCAUCUGGAACCAGGUUUGUCGGGUCGGCUGCGCCCCUCUUGAACCAGGCUUUGCGGGCCGCAACUCGCCUUGUCCCGUCUCCCAAUCAGACGGUUCCUGGCCAGACCAUCGGGGAUGCUUGGAAUGGCAAGAUUAGCACCCUGGGAAGCGGGAGUGACUUCACCGCUUUCCAGGACUUUGCCGGUAUUCCCUGCAUCAACGUGGGGUUCGUCGGGGCCGAGGGGGAUCCAGUCUAUCAUUACCACAGCAACUACGACAGUUUUCACUGGAUGGAAAAGUUUGGAGAUGCUGGUUUCAAGCAUCACUUGGCCCUUGCCCAGGUUAUGGGCGUGCUCGUCGCAGAGCUGGCCAACACCAUUGUCAUUCCCUUCAACGCCACCGAGUACGUCGACGCCCUCAACAGCUAUCUUGACGACGUGGAAGCGAGGCUCAAGCUUGACGGAGAAGCGGCUCCCAGCUCCCAGCGAGAUGUUGUUCGGGGCAAAGAGGCCGCGGGCAGCGCCGAUGCUUUCGAAGAAAGCCUCAGAAACAUUCGUCGCUCCUUGAGCGGCCUCCGCGCCAAAGCAGCGGGGCUAGACCAGCGAGCUGCAUGGGCGAACCACAAGCUGGAGCAAGGUAUUCCGUGGUGGAACCUCGCCGGCAAGAUCAAGUUGUGGAUUACUGUCGCCAAGGUCAACAUCCAAUACAAGUACCUGGAGCGUCAUUUCUUGUUUGAGGGCGGUCUGGACAACCGCAGCUGGUUCAAACAUGUCGUCUUUGCGCCUGGUCUAUGGACCGGCUAUGCAGGGGACGUGUAUCCCGGGCUGAUGGAGAGCAUCGAGGCCAAGGACUACACGAAUGGUUUGAAAUGGGCCGGCAUCAUCAACGGUUGCGUUGUCAAGGCCGCCAAGAGCAUCUAG